GCCAAGCCCGCCGGAAGGCGACCGAGAAGCUGCUUCGUUUCUGCUGCCGCCUGCCUGGGCCUUUUUUCAAUAUAGUGCUCCAUUGCAAAAAUGCAAAGUGGAAUGGCCCACACAGCUUCAAGUCUACUUAUGCACUUGACAGCUAGGUAUCAGCCCUGUAUACUGUUGCCUGCUCUCUCAGCCUUGCAGAAAAAAAACAGAAAUUUUUUACAGCAUUUCAAAUACGCAACAGAGGUGACUUCAGAAGGGGAAAACAAAGCUACAGCUGAGAGCCUCUAUGAGUUAUCUGUGGAUGUAAAGAAGAUAUGUCGGCUGAAGCCCUGGGUGCUGUGGAAAGAAGUGACAUAUGCCAAAGAAACAGCUAAGAUUUUGCGAGAAAUGGGAGCCGACAGGAGUGACAUAACAUAUAUUUUUGAAUGCUGUCCAGAGGCAAUCCUUUGUAGGCCUGCAAGUAUCAGUUGUCAGAGAGACCUGUGGUUGUCUGUCUGCCCAAAUGAAAAACAAUUGGUGGAAUUAAUAAAACGCUUCCCAGAAACCUUUUUUACAGUUGAGCACUAUGAAAAACAGAAAGGUAACAUCAGAUUCUUUAAAGAUUUGGGCCUAAAAAGUACGAUUAUCAGUAGACUUCUAACAAGCGCCCCAGACAUCUUUUACAAUCCUGUUGAGAAGAACAAGCAUAUGAUAGAAACCUUGCAAAAUAGCUAUCUAUGUCUAGGCGGUUCACAAGAGAAUAUGAAAACUUGGCUGCUGAAAUUACUGAGUCUAGACCCAUUUAUUUUGUUAAAAAGCUCUGCUGCUGUCCAAGAAAACUUGAAGUUUCUUCAGAAGAACCAUUUCACAGAUUCUGAAAUUUUAAGUCUCCUAUCCAGGCUCAAAGGGUUUAUUUUUCAGCUUAACCCAGUCGCUAUGCAGAACAGCAUGUUGUACUCAAAGAAUGUUUUCAAAUGCAGCGAUCAAGAAUUAAGAGAGCUCAUAAUAAAAUGUCCUGCCCUUCUUUACUAUUCUGUUCCAGUUCUGGAAGACAGGCUUGAGGGACUGUUGAAGGCAGGGAUUUCUGUAGGCCAAAUAAAGGACACUCCUGCAGUAUUAGAACUAAAAACAGAAAUAGUGCAAUAUAGAAUUAAAAAAUUAGAUGCUAUAGGAUACAAUAUAAGAAGUGGAACUCUAGAAAAUGUGAAUGGGACAAAAAAGGAAUUUGAAGCCACAUACAGAAAAUUACAAGCAAAAAGAGAGAGACCACUAUUUAAUCCUGUUGCUCCUUUACAUAUUGAAGACUGA